AUGGGAAAGAGUGACGAUUCAAUAGCGAGAAGAAAGAACAGAAAGAACAGAAAAAAACAGGAGGACAAAGAUUCUUCCUCAAAGGUUUCUGCUCGCGUUGCUUCCAUUAUCGCCGCCAAGAAGCGGCGGAUGUCUGGCAAACGCCGCAACUGUGAGGGUAUGUGUUUUAGCCUUCCCACGCCUGAAGAUCCCUUUAAUGACAGAAAUGUGACAACUGAUCUUGGAAAGAAAAGGAAGAAACCUGUGCGUUCCAAAGCAGAUAAGAUGCCUAUUGACAAAAAUAGUGUUAAGAUAAGAAAAGGGUCUCGGGAUAAUAAUGAUCAUCAAAAGAAGGAACUAAAGAAGCAAGAUAAUACAGUCGAUCUCCGAAAAGAAAUGGUCCAGUUGAGUAAUGAGGAUGGACCUAACCACUUUGAAAACAAACAUGGUCUUGAAAACAACAUAGAGUGUCCAUCAAAAUUUUUGAUUAUGUGUCUGAAUUCAGUUCAGAAUGCAUUAUGUCACAGUGGAACCAUUAAUAAUGAAGAUAAACCUCUUUUUGCCAAUGCAUGGGGGAUCAAGUUCUGGAAUUGCUAUUCAAAUGGAAAAAAUUUACUGGAAACAAGUGGAGCUGAUUCCACAAUUCAGCAAAUUGCUUGGAUCGCAUCAACAGCUGCUGAUUCCAUUGCAAGAAAGGAGAAAGAGGGAGUGUCGUUUACUGGUCCUUUCCUUUUAUUCCUUGUACCAUCUCAAGAAAAAGCUUCUCAGGUUCGCCAAGUGUGCAAGCCUUUGAAAGCUAUUGGAAUUCAUACAGUGAGUCUGCAUCCAGGUGCCUCCGUAGAACAUCAAAUUAAUGGUUUAAAGAGUUGUGAACCAGAAUUUCUCAUCUCUACCCCUCAGAGACUAUUGGAGCUCAUCUCCUCAAAGGCGGUUGACAUAUCUGGGGUUUCCUUACUGGUUGUUGAUGGAUUGGAAGCGCCUUAUGCAGGAAGUUACUUUGAUAUGUGCAUGCAUUAUGUCCACAAAUAUGUCAAAAGAAUAAAAGCUGUUAUAGAAGUUGAGAUUUUAUUGAUGUUUGAUCAUCCAUUUGGCCGCGAUAUUUGCAUUUUUCUGGAGCUCAAUCAUUUCUUCUGA